AUGGACUCUUCCACCGCGCGUCGAUCAAGGGCAAGAGACUCUGACGACGACGAGUCCCGGCCGAGUACCCCCUUAUCCACCGCCCCGAAUGACAGCAAGCGACUUCGUCGACAGCCCAAUUCCAGGAGCAAUGACGAUGGAGACGACGUUGACGAAGAAAGCUUGACUCCACUACAUGUUCCAUCGCCUACACAGGACCUCCUGCUGCAGGAUGCGACUCAAAUACCCAUCGUCGCUGGAGGUGAACCUUCUAAAUCGGUUCAUCAGCCAGGCGCAAUUGUUCGGAUCAAAAUGAUCAAUUUUGUGACAUACACAUCUGCCGAAUGCCGGCCUGGGCCCAAUUUGAAUAUGGUCAUUGGACCCAAUGGCACAGGCAAGAGCACACUUAUCUGUGCCAUCUGCCUCGGCCUGGGCUGGCCUCCUUCCAUUCUGGGUCGCGCGAAGGAGGCACACGAAUUUAUCAAGCAUGGCUGUCACGAAGCUACGAUAGAGAUUGAGAUCCAGAGAAAGAGUGGGAAGAGAAACCCAGUUAUCGUGAGACAAAUAAAGCGAGACGGAAACAAGUCUGUCUACACACUGAAUAACAGCCCUUCCACGGGAAAGGCCAUCCAGGCGCUGGCGCACUCCUUCAAUAUCCAAGUCGACAAUCUCUGUCAAUUUCUGCCUCAGGACAAAGUUGCCGAGUUUGCCGCCAUGAACCCAGUCGAGCUUCUUGCCAGCACACAACGAGCAGUUGCAACAUCCGACAUGACAAAGAUGCAUGAGCAACUCAAGUUGCUGCGUAAGAAUCAUGUGGAGCUUUUGACUUCAGUACAAAGUCAGAACGAACAACUCACACACCUACGGACUCGUCAGGAAAACCAACGAACCGAUGUCGAGCGAAUGCGAGAACGUGCCCAGAUUCAACAACGCCUCAAAUGGUUCGAGAUGUGUCGUCCGGUCGCCAAAUACGCCGAGACCAAGAGACGGUACACUGCGGCCAAGGAGAAAAGAGACUUGCUCAAGAAGGAACUGAGCCAACUGAGGGCGGUAUCAGCCCCAACUCUCAAGAAGAAAGAGGCAAAGGAAACCUAUGCUCGUCAAACAGCAAGUGUGCGGGAUGCACGUGCCGAAGCUGUAAAAGAAGAGAACCGUAAAUGCGACAUCCUAGCCAAAGAGAUUGAAACUUGUCAAGACAAGAUUAAAGAUGCUGCAAAUGCCAUCAAAAAUGAACGGGCAGGUAUACCCACCAUCAAAAGUGAACUGAUGAAUAGUCAACGGAAGAUCCGCGACCUUGAAAUCAAAUACAGUGAGAGUCAAGAGGGCGAUUUUGAUACUCAGAGCCUCUCCGAUCUCAUCACCAAGGCCAGAGCUGAGCAACGACAGGCCAAACAACAUCAGGCAGACCUCCAACCCCGCUUGGAACAACUCGCAGCUCAGGACGCGGAGAGAAACACUGCCUUGUCGCAACUCAAGUCAAGCCUGCAAAGACUAGAGACACAAGCGGGUCAGCAGGAAAGCAAGCUACAAAGUCUAUCGCGUGACACAUUCCAGGCGUGGAAAUGGAUUCAAGAGAAUCAAGAUCUUUUUACACAGACUGUCUAUGGCCCUCCAAUCGUGGAAUGUUCCCUCAAGGACCCAAAGAUGGCAGACGCCGUCGAGGCUUUUCUCCAGCAGGGUGACUUCAAGGUGAUUACUGUCCAAAACCAAACAGAUUUCAGACUUUUGCAGCAGAAGCUCUUCAAGGAGAAAAAGUUGCACGAUGUUAGCCUACGAACAUGCUCCAACAGCAAUCUCGACCAAAUCCAAGCUCCGUUGUCUACAGAAGAGAUGCAUAAGUAUGGGCUGGAUAGCUGGGUGAUUGACCAUAUUCAAGGACCAGCAACUGUUCUAGUGAUGCUGUGUCAAGACAAGAGGCUGGACAAAUGUGCCAUUAGUUCAAGAGAGUUAAGUCAGCAACAGCACGAUGCAGUUGCUAAUACCGGCCUCCAAGGAUACGUUGCUGGUGGCAAAUCCUAUCAAUUCAUUCGACGUGCAGAGUAUGGGUCAGCUGGACAUACGUCUCGAGUUCGCGAUGUGAGACCGGCCCAGAUUUGGACAAAUCAGCCGAUUGAUGCCGGGAGAAAGGCAAACCUUCAGCGCGCCAUUAGUGAGAAAAAUGGCGAAAAGGAAAUCAUCCAGGAAGAGAUUCAAAGCCUCAAGAAAGAGUACGCAGAGUGGAAGCGAGUGAUAGAUCGUACUGCAACAACGGCAAAGGAGGCCAGUGAGGAGAAAGAUAAGAUACAAAUGAGUCAAAGGGCCUGGCUGGUGCUUCCCACUCAGAUUUCCCACGCCAAAGCCGCAGCCGAGGCCAGCCGAGCCAAACUAGAUGGCUUCCGAGAGCAAGAGAGCAAGCUGAUCGAAGGACGGGACGCAGCAAUAGUCCGCAAGACCGAUGCAGUGUUGGCAUUUGCUGCUGCCACCCGAGACCUCAGAAAAGCCUUCUCUAGAUUGAUGGAGGCAGAAGUCAUGAUGAUCGAAGCCACCUCCGAUGCUGAAGGCCUGACUGCCCAGAACGAGCACAUCAUCCGCAGCAUUGAGGACAAGCAAAACGAGUUCGAAGAGGCAGUACAGGCGUUCAACGAGGGAUAUGCGGCGGCGCAGGCGGUGCUACGAUUGGCUCUCUCACUCAAAGCAGAGGCUGAACGGCUCGAGGCUGAGGAAGAUGAACCAGGCCUGGCUCAGGUUGUUGCACACGUCGGCGAACAAAUCAGGACAGAAGCGGACCUCGAAACGGAAAUCGAUUCGAUCAAAGCUGAACUCGAACUGACAGAAGGCGGCAGCACGAACAUCAUCAAAGACUUUGAGGAGCGAGCCAGGAGUAUCGAACGACUUGAGAGGCAGCUGCAAGAAGCGGACAAGCAGAGCCAAGAUUACAAGCAUAGCAUCAAAGAAAUCCGCGACAGGUGGGAGCCUAGACUGGAUGGAUAUGUUGAACGAAUCAGCGAAUCCUUCUUUGCGUCUUUCCACCGAAUCGGUCUCAAGGGACAAGUCGCGGUCCACAAAGCCUCAUCGGACCGGGCAGUCGACUGUACCGAGGAAAACGGCGGCUCAGAGAACGGACUGGAUUUCGAAAAUUGGGCAAUCCAUAUCAGUGUUAGUUUCCGAGCGAGCGAGAACAUGACUCUUCUAGACAGCCACCGGCAGUCUGGGGGCGAACGCGCGGUCAGCACCAUAUUCUACCUAAUGGCCUUGCAAAGUUUGAAUCGGGCACCCUUUCGUGUGGUGGACGAGAUCAACCAGGGCAUGGACCCGCGCAAUGAGCGCAUGGUGCACGGUCGGUUGGUCGACAUUGCAGCAGACAAUGGCAGCCAAUAUUUCCUGGUCACGCCCAAGCUGUUGAGCGGGUUGAAAUACCGGCCAGGCAUGACGGUCCUCUGCAUCGUCAGUGGCGAGAACAUGCCUGCGGCACGGGAGCGAGAUGAAAAUGGCAAGUGGAGAGAUGGGCGAAAGGUUGACUUCCGAGAAUUUGUCAAGAAGGCGAAGCAAUUGGGCUUGGGCGACCAUGUGGUGCAUCGUCAUGUCGACUCAGGACUUGAUCUUCAUGGGAGCCAACGCGCCCAGAUAGAUGCGUACUAAUCGAGUGUGAAUGUAAGGCUGAGAUGUUGGCUCGAAUGCGACAUAUGACGAUGUACGAUGAUAGACAGCAGAAGUAAGGAAAGAUAC